AUGCUCUGCACGAGGCUGACUGCAGCCUUCGAGGUCAGGCAGGGGGGGAAGCGGAUCUCCACCGCGGUGGUCGCCGCGAAGUUCGAGACGUCCUCCCCGAACACGGUCUGGGGCGUCACGCUGCUGCGGCGGCGCCGCUCCAUGCGCCUGCGCCUGCACGUCUGGCCGGUCAGCCACGACGGCCCCGGCGAGGCCGGGCCCAGCUCCGGCGUGAUCGUGGGCACCGCCGCUGCGCCAGGCGGGCUGCUGCUGACGCUGCUCGCCUCCGGGUCCCUGGCGUGCCAGAGGCUGCACGUGCGCGUCGCGGGCUGA